AUGUACGUGGGGUACGUUCUGGACAAAGAAGGAACCAUGUACCAUCAGGGAACAGUAAGAAGAUCCAGCAUCAACAUGCCUCCUCAGAACUUCAUCUCCGCUCCACAGUACUCCGAUUAUGCAGGAUACCAUCACGUCCCGAAUAUGGAAUGCCACUCACAGGCCACAGGGACCUGGGGACCCCCGUAUGGGGGGCAGAGAGAGGACUGGGGUGCAUACGGACUGGCGCCCCAGGCCCCUCUACCUGGGCCUGCGAACAACCUACCGCCCGGCCAGGGUUCCUUCGCUUCUCAAGACUACACAGCUAUGAAUCCUCCGCCGGGAUCGACGGGCCUGCAGCCCGCGCCACAGAGUGUCCCGGUGUCGGAAGAGUCGCCUGAGACAGAACGACGCAGCAACUCGUACCAGUGGAUGAGAAAAACGGCCCAGUCCACCUCGACCGGGAAAACGAGGACGAAGGACAAAUACAGAGUCGUCUAUACUGACCACCAGAGACUGGAAUUAGAAAAAGAGUUCCACUAUAACCGCUACAUCACAAUCCGACGAAAAUCCGAGCUGGCGCUUAACCUCGGACUCUCAGAAAGACAGGUGAAGAUCUGGUUUCAGAACCGCAGGGCCAAAGAGAGGAAACUGAUCAAGAGGAAAAUGGCCCAGUCAGAUGGCAGUGGCAGCUCUGGGCACAGUGAACCUGGCUCCCUGAGUCCUCUUCCACCACGGGUGUCUAUGAGCCCUUCAGAAAUUCACAUCAAUGUCUACCCUCCUAUGGGAAUAGAUAACCUGCAGCCUGUUCGGAAUAUGCAGCAAGUGACUGUCACUCAGUGAGCUGCUGACUUGAAACUGCCAGAAGCACUGAGCACUCCAAUAGACUGGAAGUACACUGAGGGCAGGCUUUGAACUGGUGUCGAGAAAACCAUCCAUCCAUCCAUCCAUCCAUCCAUUUUCUUGACCGCUUGUCCUUCUAG